CUGGGCAAGUUCACGGGCUUGAAGACAGCCCUGAUCCUGGGAGGAGACAAGAUGGAGGACCAGUUCGCCGCCCUGCAUGAGAACCCUGACAUAAUCAUUGCCACCCCCGGGCGCCUGGUGCACGUGGCAGUGGAGAUGAAACUGAAGCUGCACACCGUGGAGUACGUGGUGUUCGACGAGGCCGACAGGCUCUUCGAGAUGGGCUUCGCCGAGCAGCUCCAGGAGAUCAUCGCCCGGCUCCCGGACUGCCACCAGACCGUCCUCUUCUCCGCCACCCUGCCCAAGCUGCUCGUCGAGUUUGCCCGGGCUGGUCUCACCGAGCCCAUGCUGAUCCGUCUGGAUGUGGAGUCCAAGCUCAGUGAGCAGCUCAAGCUGUCUUUCUUCCACGUGCGCGGGGAUGACAAACCGGCAGUGCUGCUCCACCUCCUGCGGAGCGUGGUGAAGCCCCAGGACCAGACAGUCGUCUUUGUGGCCACCAAGCACCACACGGAGUAUCUCAAGGAGCUGCUGACGGCCCAGGGCAUCCACUGCACGCACAUCUACAGCUCGCUGGACCAGACCGCCCGCAAGAUUAACAUCGCCAAGUUCGCCCAGGGCAAGUGCCCGGUGCUGCUCGUCACCGACGUGGCCGCUCGCGGGCUUGACAUCCCCAUGCUGGACAACGUCAUCAACUACAGCUUCCCCGCCAAGGGCAAGCUGUUCCUGCAUCGCGUCGGUCGCGUGGCCCGAGCUGGCCGGAGCGGCACUGCCUACUCACUGGUGGCUCCUGAUGAGAUGCCCUACGUCUUCGACCUCCACCUCUUCCUGGGACGCCCACUCGUCCUUGCUGGUGCCCAGGAGAUGCCCGCUGAUGCUGGCGGGGUCCUGGGGCGCGUCCCCCAGAGCCUGGUGGACGACGAGGAGUGCCUGCUGCUGACGGACCACGAGGGCUCGCUGGAGCUGCGCAGCCUGCGCCGCAUCGCCGACAACGCCCAUAAGCAGUACCUGCGGUCCCGGCCUGGGCCCUCGCCCGAGUCCAUCAAGAGGGCGAAGGACCUGGAUGUGUCCCAGCUGGGCAUCCACCCGCUCUUCAGUGCUCGCUUCGAAGACACCGAGCUGGAGAGGCUGAAGUUCGUGGACAGCAUUAAAACCUACAAGUCCAAGGCGACCAUCUUUGAGAUCAAUGCCACGUCCCGGACGCCGGCCAGCACUGUGAUGCGGUCGAAGCGACGCCAUGACCAUGCCCUUAUUGAGAAGUACCAGCGUGGGCAGCAGGAGAAGCGGGCAGCGGCUCUCAAAGGGCAGGGGCCAUCCCUAGCCCCUGCCAGCCCUGAGGAGGGAGAAGAAGGAGAGGAGGAAAACCUCCAGGACGUGUUCUCCACUGUAGUGGGCCAGAAGCGAAAACGGGGCCGAGGGGGAGAAGAUGGUGCCAGGAAAAAGCUGCAGCAGCCGGCGCAGCGGGACGAGGACUUCUACAUCCCGUACCGGCCCAAGGACUUCGAGAGCGAGAGGGGCUAUGAAAAGUGGAAGCAGAAAUUCAAGGUUGACGAGCGGGAUGAGGAUGAGGAAGACCAACGAGGCAGGGAGCAGUUCAGAGGGAAGCACAAGCGCGGGCACG